AUGGAGGGGGAAGAUAAGUGUGGAGGUGGGGUAGGGGUAAUGGAGCAAGAAGGGAGCAAGGUGGAGGAGGCGAAAAGGAGAGAAAGACCGACGAAGGCAGAGGGUUGGGGUAGGGAAAGGACGGGGAGUCUAGGGAAUAUAGAGGAUUUGCUUAACAGAGGAAAGAGGAAGGAGAGGGGAGGGGAGGGGGAGAGGGAAGCAAGGGAAGAAGAGGAAAUAUUUAAAAGAAGUAAGAGAGUAGAAAGAACGCCAGAAAAGUUGGGGGUAGGAAAAUCGGAAUUGGAGCAAAUGCUAAGAGGGUUGAUGGAGGGAAUGAGGAAAAAUAUUGGAGAGGAUUUAAAGAAGAUAGGGAAGGGGGUGGAAGAGGGAAGAGAAGAAAUGCUAAGGCAACUGAGCGAGAUGAAAGAGAGUUGGGAAAGAGAAAGGGCGGAGUUAAGAGGGAAGAUAGAAAUGCUUGAAAAGAAAGUGGAAAGGUUAGAAUUAAAAGAGAAAAAAGAGGAAGUAGGGGAGACAGGUGAGGAGGAAAGGAGGGAGUUGAGUAAGAAGGUGAGGGAGUUGGUAAUAAGAAUACAUAAAAAGGAGAGGGAAGGGAGAAGAAGGAAUUUGAUAAUAAAAGGUGUGAAGGUGGAAGGGAAGGGGAAGGAAGAAGUGGUGGAAGAGAUUUGGGGGAGGAUAGGGGUGAAAGAGAAAGUAGAGGAAGUAAAGAGGAUAGGCAAAGUGGAUAGAGAGGGGAGAGGUAGGUUGCUGGUGAAGAUGGAAGGAGUGGAGGGAAAGAGGAAGGUAAUGAUGGCAAAAAGGGAAUUAAAAGGGAGGCUGGAAAGAAUAGAAGACGAUAGAACAGAGGAAGAAAGGCGGGCAAGUGGAGGAAAAGUGGAUAGAGGAACAGGGAAACGAGCAGAGGAGGGUUCAUGGCAGAGAAGGGAAGGCGAAAGAGGUAUAGAAAGAAAUGUAAAAGGAGGAUCAGGAGAGGAAAGCAAGAUAUAUAAGGUGGCGUUUUGGAAUGUGGCAGGAUUGAAGAAUAAAGAGAAGGACUUUUGGGAGGGAUUCAAAGAAUGGGAUGUAGUGGUGAUGUGUGAAACAUGGGUGGGAAGAAGGGAGUGGGAGGGAAUAAGAAGUAAAGCGACGAAAGGAUAUGUGUGGGAAUUACAGUAUGCCGUAAGGAGAGGGAAGAAAGGACGGGCUAUGGGGGGAAUGCUUAUAGAGGCAAGGGAAGGAAUAAAAAUUAUAAGAGUGGAAAGGGAGGAGGAGGAGGAAAAGGGGAUAAUGACUAGGAAAAUAUGGUUAGGGGAGGAGAAGAACGUGGAAAGAAUGAGGGAAUGGAUGGAAGAAAGGGAGAAAGGGGUAAGGGUUAUAAUUGGUGGAGAUUUAAACGCUAGGACGGGGACGCAAGGAGGAUUGGAGGAAUACAAAAAUAGAGAUUGA